UAUCUUCUAUCAUUGGUAUCACCUUAUAUUUCUGGAAGAGAUACGAACAUGAGAAUAGCCAUCACUGCAGGUGAAAAACUUUCUGUGGCCCUGAGAUACAUUGCAUCUGGUGAAACACAAAGCUCCCUAUCUUUCCAAUUUCGAAUUGCCCAAAACACUAUAUCAGGCAUUAUUAAAUUGGUGUGCAAUGCACUUGUGGAAGUGUUAAGCCGAAAUCAUCUGCAUGUGCCAUCAACAAAGACUGAAUGGGAAGCUGUGAGCGCCUAUUUUUACACUAUGUGGCAAUUUCCUCAGUGCAUUGGUGCUCUGGAUGGAAAACAUAUAAAAAUUUCUCCUCCUCCAAACUCUGGCUCACUUUACUGUAAUUACAAAGGGGACUUUAGUAUUGUGUUAAUGGCUUUAGUUGAUGCUAAUUUAAAAUUUCUUUUUGUAGAUGUAGGGACAAACGGUAGAAUAAGUGAUGGGGGUGUAUGGGGAAAAUGUAAAUUAAAGUCAGCUCUGGAUAAAAAUGCAUUAAAUAUUCCAGUGGCGAAUACUUUGCCAUUAACUAAAACUAAAGUGCCUUAUGUAAUUGUUGCUGAUGAUGCUUUUCCUCUGUCAUUCAAUCUCAUGAAACCUUAUCCUGGCAGAGGCUUGAAUGAAGAGUAAAGGAUUUUCAAUUAUCGUUUGUCUCGAGCACGGAGGGUUUCAGAAAAUGCAUUCGGAAUUCUUGCUGCUCGAUUCCAAAUUUUCAAGCAGAGAAU